AUGCCUCAAGAAAUCGGAGAUAUCAAGAACUUCAUCGAGAUCUGCCGGCGAGAGGACGCCAAGUGUACGUCUGCAACAGCCGCUCGGAUCAAGAAGAGCAAGAAGUCGUCGCAGACCAAGUUCAAGGUCCGAUGCUCACGACACCUCUACACCCUCGUCCUGAAGGACUCCGAUAAGGCCGAGAAGCUCAAGCAGAGCUUGCCGCCGAACUUGCAAAUCAAGGAGGUCCCCAAGAAGAACAAGAAGGGCAAGCACACUGCUUAG